GGAAGUGACUUGACCCAAUAUUUAUGAGCAAUGUAGAUCCGCCCCUAAGUGACUUCGGCAGCUUAACGGAUAUGGAGUUCGGGGCAUGACAGUCUUGCCUUCAGAUUCCGGGGAUCAGGCUCACUGAAAGGCACUUGAAAAGCAGACUUCCAGAUAUUUGUGAAGCACUAUAACACAAGGGUGACAGAGCAUAUCCUUGUCCCUACGUUCGUAGGUGACCGAGGCUAAGAAAUACGCAACCCCACUGUGUCCAGAAAAAUCUGCAGUUGCUACUAAGCUGGCCUCUCAAGGCAUUUUUACACAAAAGCCGUUCAUCCUAUCGAUGCAGAGAAGAUCAAGAACAAUGUCCGAUCCGAGCAGGCUGAAGUUCUUCAAGGUGUUCGUCGAAACACAGAGCAAAGAGCGAUUGAGGAUCCCUGUUUACCUCAUGCAUAUGGAAGGCCAGAAACCUCAAGUCUUUUGCUUGUCGGGUUCGAGUGGGGAUGCAUGGCAAGUCAAUUUGGUAGAAGUACUAGAGAAAGACUCCGAUGAGUUGUACUUCACGCAUGGAUGGGCAACCUUCGUGAAGGACAAUUUAAUUGAACAUGGGCACUUACUGCUCUUUCAAUAUGCUGGUGAGUUGAACAUUAAGGUGGAGAUUUUCAGUCGCUCUGGCUGCCCCAAAGAAGCUGCAUUUCAUGCCAGGUGCUCUCAAAGCAAGGUUGUAGACCAUUUGCCUGAGCUAGAUGUUCCUCUAGUCAAAAUCCAAAGUUCCUACGACCAUACACGAGUCCAAUCUGCGUUGUGGUUACAUAGUAAAUCCUCAUCUCUCUGUUACUAGGGACUAACGAAAUGUGAA